AGCGAAGCCGGUCUCGCCUGUGCAGCCAGCAGCCCGAGCCGAGAUCGACCAGCAGCGCGAUUUCUCUCUCCUCCAAAACUUUUUCUUGGGCGACGUCUCCAAGUCCCUCUGCGCGCCGCUCCAAAGUCGCCUUCCUUCCCGAUGUAGAGAAGAGGAGCGCCCACCCCUUGUACCAGCCAGUUCCCUCCGAUUUCCACACCCCCCCCACCUCAACCCGGACUUUUGCAAGAGGGGUCGACCUGGUCCCCGAGGGAGAGAAGGGGGCGGACCCCGGAGGAGUCCCUCCGCCGCGCAGGGUCAGGAAGGAGAGCUCUCUCGGCGGCGCGAGGGUCUUGCCCCGGAGGGGGGCGCCGCCGCGGACGUCUCCGCCGUCGGGCUCCUCCUCGGCUAGGGCGAUGGUGGCGCUGCUGCUGCCGCCGCCCGCCUUGCUGGCCGCCCUAGGCGGGCUGUUGGCGAGCUGGGCGCCGCCGCCGGCCGCGGGCGCGUCGUGCGAGCCGGUGCGCAUCCCGCUGUGCAAGUCGUUGCCCUGGAACAUGACCAAGAUGCCCAACCACCUGCACCACAGCACGCAGGCCAACGCCAUCCUGGCCAUGGAGCAGUUCGAGGGCUUGCUGGGCAUCCACUGCAGCGCCGACCUGCUCUUCUUCCUGUGCGCCAUGUACGCGCCCAUCUGCACCAUCGACUUCCAGCACGAGCCCAUCAAGCCCUGCAAAUCCGUCUGCGAGAGGGCCCGCGCCGGCUGCGAGCCCGUGCUCGUCAAGUACGGCCACGCGUGGCCCGAAAGCCUGGCCUGCGAAGAGCUGCCCGUCUACGACCGAGGCGUCUGCAUCUCCCCGGAGGCCAUCGUCACGGCCGAGGGAUCCGGUGAGUGACGCGCCCGACGCCACUGCCAUUUCCGCCCCGCCGGCCUGACCUCCCCACCCCCCAUCCACCCCACCUCCCAGAACACACUCACACACACUUCCAAGACGCCCCCAUGAUCUCUGCCCCCUACCUUAAACCUUCUGGCACUCCCUUCCCCAGCAACUCCCAUCAGAGGCGCCCUCCAAAAAUUGUGCACUCCAACUCCUAUCAGCCCCAACCAGCGUGGCCAGUGGUCCAGGAGGAUGGGAGUUGGCAUUCCAGCACGAAUCUGGAAGAGAAACAGGAUCCCUUGUGCUGCAUAAUCCUGCAGCAGAUCUUGAAGUUUCUGAAGCCCCCUAAUCUUCUCCUAGGAUCAUCUAACCAAUACCGCCUUGAGUAUUGUGAAAUAGAAAGGCAGUAUACAAAUUAAAAGUGAUGAUGAUGAUGAUGAUGAUACGCUCAAGUUUUUCUGGGUCCACCAAUGCCCCCCACACCUGGGCAGAAGCUUGUCUAACUGCAUCCUUCCAGCAUCCACUAUUUGCAUAUUUCCCCCUCUCCACUUAGCCAUCACUCUCCUUCAUUCAAAGUAAGCCGGGCCAAUCCUUCCAGUUUCCAUGUCCACUUACCCAAAAUUUAAACAGGUUGUUGCGCAAUUCCAACAACAAAAAAUCUCAGUGAGGCCUGCUAACCUUGUCCAUUUCAGAUUUCUCCCCCCCCUUCAGUAAUCCAAUUUGAUCCCAGAAAACUCAAGCCAAAAGCACUGUGGAAUCAGCCAUCUUUCCUCACCUGCUCCCCCAGUGCUCUUGAUCUUCUUCUGGUCCCCUGGAAUAUGUAGCUUCCUGUUCUGAGAUGGCUGCAUCAUAGAUGUCCACCUCCUGCUUAUAACCAUUGCUGCUCACCUUACCUGAUUUUGGCAAACCACAGCUCUCAACAUUUCUGAAACCCUCCGGCUUUCAUCACCUGAGACAGUCCUCGCUCAUACCGUUCCAUACUCAUUCCCCCUCUGCAGUGGAGGCUGGUUCAUCUGUUCUGGUGGGGCACUGUCCCACCAACCUUUCAGCCUGCCUCACCCAGCCUGCACCUUCCUGCUGGUAGGGUAGUGGCCCUGGUUGUCAGAUUGCCUUCCUCCUUAAUCUCAGUGUUGCCCUUGUAGAACUCAGCAGGGAGGAGGAUGGGGACAGUUGACUCUGGCGCCACCUACUGUUAGGUUCCCAGCCUUUGGCCUACCACUCCCAAUGGGCACCAGCCAACAACGCAGCCUCUCUGGUUUCAAAUGAUUAAGAAGUCAGCCAGCCUCCUUUAGUUCCUCACGUUCUCUCCUUCCAUCUGUGUUAUUACCGAAGGUUGUUAUUCAGGGGUGUCACUUAUUCAUUCCAAAGGUUGAAAGUUUGCUUCUUUAAGCGGUUGAUUUGUUCAAUUUUGAAAGAGGUGGUUUACAAAAGGUGAUUAAAAACAACGAGUCCAGCAAAAGCCAUUUAAAACCCCAGCUGUUGCUUUAAAACAGUAUUUCAACCAUCACACCAAUACAGUUCACCUGUUCCUAAAACCUAUCAGCCUCUCCCCAAAGCCUUGAGUGAAAAGAAGUGUCUGAAGAUGCUGCCGGAAACUGAGUUAGUGCGGGGAACAACCACGCCUCCAGGGGGGGGGGAAUUCACAGGUAGAAGGAAAUGGGGCCAUCACAAAGAAGACCCUGCCCUCGUGUCACCAUGCAAUGGGCUUCUGCUGUUGGUGGGGCCAGGAGCAGGCCUCCCCAGCGAAUCUCAAAUCCUGGGCCAGCACGGGCAAAUCUUUUCAGGAGUGGGGUUUCCAUUAUAUUCUGUGGAAAGAACUUUUGGGGUUAGAUCAAGGGGCCAUAUAGCACAGCAUCAAUCAUGAACUAAAUCUCUCUUAUAAAAGCCCUCCUGCAUAGGGAAUGCGCUCUAACUAACCCCUUGAUCAUUUUCACUACCCUUUCCCACACAUUUUCCAGCUCUAGAUGUCCUGUCUAAUACUACCAGUAUAUAGCCAGACAAAUCGAUGUUCCUCAGAAUAAAGAACACCUAGCAAUCUUCAUCAAUUGUAGUCAAUGUUCAGUCUCAUUCCUUUUGAUGCCCAUACAUUCCUUGUACUUUCUCUCUAGGAUCGAGUUGACAGAAAUCACAUGGCAAAAUUGUUCUUAGACUGACUCACUUCAGACCACAUCAUGGGGAUCAUAUAACUGAAUGCCCUCUUAUAGUGAACAGCAAACAAUUUCCCUUCGUAUAGAAUACUAGAUGCCAAGGGGAGAAAGUGCUAGACUUUUCAUUGUGCAGGUUUUUCUAUGUGGGGGUUUGUUCUACGUCAGGUAUAGGAAAUUGGAUCUGACUGGUGGGCAAGAUCCUGACACGUCCCCCCCAUCUUUGGACCACUUUUUACAUAUGGCCCGGGCUGCCCAUCUGUCAGUCACCUGGCUUUACCAUGGCAUUAGAUCAGGCAUAGGCACACUCAGCCCUCCAGAUAUUUUGAGACUACAAUUCCCAUCAUCCCUGACCAUUGGUCCUGUUAGCUAGGGAUGAUGGGAGUUGUAGUCCCAAAACAUCUGGAGGGCCGAGUUUGCCUAUGCCUGCAUUAGAUUAAGACAGAGGGUUUCAACCUUUUUGAGCCCAUGGUGCUUUGACCAACUACUUUCUUUCUCUGGCACCCCUGUGGGGCUCAGGAGCCCAGUUACGUUAGCUCUUGCCUGCAGAACCAGCAGCUCCUCACCCCUCUUUGAACACCCUCCCUUGCGGAGCAUUCCCUCAGGCUCCUCUCCUCUCCUUAAGAGUCCUCUGGGCAGCUGCUACCACUGUCCCUGGUCUCUGAGCUGCCGCCUCACCCCAAAGAGAGGUGCCUCCUCAUGCCAAGGGGCCUGGGAAGAUGAUGCCCCCCAGCCUUAGUGGCCUGAUGGAAAAAGAAGCAUGAGAGGGCAUCAGAGGAGGGAGGGAAGGAAAGAAAGAGGGACAGGGGCCAGUGUUGCCCACAGCACCCCUGACCAUCACUCAAGGCACCCCAGGGUGCCAUGGCACACCGGUUGAAAACCACUGGAUUAAGUGUUUCUUUUUGCAGCCCACCUUGAAUGCAAGACCCACUACAGAGGAAGAUCCCUGCUGGUCAGCUGAUGGCAACGCCUGCUUUUCACAGCGACCGGUUCCACUUGGGCCAAACCAGUCCCCGUGGUGCUUGCAUUUAGCACCAAGUUUAAAAGGUGCCAACGGAAAAGUUUGGAGCACACUCUGAGGCUCCCGGUUGCUUUUUUGCAGCCAUUGCCUUUUACCUGCCCCACAACUGACAACACAUGUGAUUUGGGGGGGGGGGGACAGACUCCUGGGCCAAAUUAGAUGUUCCCUUACCUUUGCUUUACAUUGUGGGGGAUCCUUAACAAAUGUGACACUCUAGCCCUCUUCAGGAGUUUUUAUUUCUGAUCAGGGAAUUCCUCGUGUUGUCUUGGUGGGGUCCUUGCUGUCCUCCAGGAGUUUGAGACAUGGGAAGCCUCCUCUGCUCCUGGAGGUGUCGCAAGUGCUGCAGAACUUGCAGAAAUCAGGGUUUUGCACCAUGUGGUGAGUCUACAUGGGUAGAAGCAGACUCCUCACUUCUAAUGGUGGACCUUCAACUCACAGUGGUGGCAGAGCUGGGGGUUGGAGCUGAUGGGCUCAUUCCUGCACCAGCCCCACCACACAUGUCUAAAAUUCCCAGAUUACAAGAAUUCCCAAAGACUGCUUCUGUUUGCAGGUUGAAGUGGUUGCACCCAAGAAGUCACAGCACUUCCAUAUUUUGUCACGUUCCGUUCCCAGCUCGCCCCUUCCUGCUGUUUUCUCUAGUCUCAAAUCCUUUCCUAAACUCAGGAAAUCAUUGAGGAUCUAAGCUCACAGACUGUUAAGGUAAAGGUAAAGGUACCCCUGCCCGUACGGGCCAGUCUUGCCAGACUCUAGGGUUGUGCGCUCAUCUCACUCUAGAGGCCGAGAGCCAGCACUGUCCGCAGACACUUCCGGGUCACGUGGCCAGUGUGGUAAGCUGCAUCUGGCGAGCCAGCGCAGCACACGGAAUGCCGUUUACCUUCCCGCUGGUAAGCGGUACCUAUUUAUCCACUUGCACUUGGGGGUGCUUUUGAACUGCUAGGUUGGCAGGCGCUGGGACCGAAUGACGGGAGCGCACCCCGCCGCGGGGAUUCGAACCACCGACCAUGCGAUCAGCAAGUCCUAGGCGCUGAGGUUUUACCCACAGCACCACCCGCAUCCCUCACAGACUGUUAGAUAGACUCAAAACAGAAUGUCUAUGGAAUCCAAAGGUGGCUUUUCACCACCAAUUAUUAACCUACUGCUUAGAGGGCUGAAACGGAUGUUAACUAUAAAUACAUAUAAUGCUCCCCAGAAGCCUUUUCGAACCCCGCCAGGGGCAAAACAAACAAACAAAAAACAGUUUGGGGAGGGGUAAUUUGAAACAGAAAUAUGGUGAGGGCGUGCAGGAAGGGGUUAAGUACUCUCCCUCCCCCCUUGUGAUUUCUCUGCUUCUCACCAUUCCAAGCAGGACUGAUUGUAAAGAAAAAGAAAAGGUGGCUGGGGUUGAAUUGUGCAAGUUUCAUGCAACAUCUUGUUUGACCCUUGAGCUAAUGGUGGCAAAAUCCUAGAAUAGUUUAUUUUUGUUAGCAUCUCACUGGCAUGAAACCCCAUCCCCUUUUUAUACAUUGUGGGAAGGAGAGACCUGUAGCCUUACUUCAGGGGGAAAUUAUUAUUAUUAUUAUUAUUAUUAUUAUUAUUAUUAUUAAUUUUAUUAAAGACCAGUGCUGGAAAUGGGGAAGUAAUUUGCAGAAUUAAGCAAAGAAACAAAACAGGGAAAAUGGUGUUGUUGUUUUAAAAAGGUCAAACAUUGCUAUAGGGGAGAGGAGUAAGUGCUAUUUUGUGGAACAAGGAGUUGUGCUGCUUAUAAGAAAUUGCGCUAUGAGUACUAUCAAACAAGUAGGCAUCAAAUAAACCUAUGCAACUUCUCCUGCUGAGAGCCAGUAUGGUGAAAUGGUCAGAGUGUCAGAUUAGGACCGCUCAACCACGUGGUGUCCAUGGACCAAUCACUAUCUGUCAGCUAUCUUCUUACAGGGUUGUUGUGAUUCUAAAAGGGGCACUGUGCUGAGCUCCUUGGAAAAAUAGCUUGAUAGGAAUUCAACAAUUAAGUAAAGUAAAAUCUAGUAUUGCCAUUGAUGUGCUAGCUGAGAGGGAAGUCCUGUUGGAUUUCUAGGGGAAAUCACGUAAAUUUCCUGUAACCAAAGUGCUAAACUCAAGGAUGUAUCUGCGCAGUUAAUUUGGGGAGCAAAUCACCUGGGAAGGUUCUAAUCUCCAUCCUCCCACAACUGCUGCGUAAAUCGAGAUGACUUUAUUUCCCACUAGCACAAUGUGGCUCAGGGCAGAAGCCCCGUGAGUUGCACUGUGAAGACCCAGAGACAGGAUUGUCCCAAAGGAAGGAAACUUCUUCUUCAUGCAACCCAGUCUCACUUUUCUGUAUAACUUCCUGCACUUGGUGGCUGUGAUGUUGAUGCCGCAAGAGCAGACAUUGACAGGCAUGACCGUUGUGUUACUAUGGCAGGAACAGUAGCAAUGGGAUGGGCAAGAAUUCUCACUUCCCUCUGAUCUCUUGCAGAAUUCUCACUUCUCUCACACAGAAUUCUCACUUCCCUCUGAUCUCUUGCAGAAUUCUCACUUCUCUCAUGCAGAAUUCUCACUUCCCUCUGAUCUCUUGCAGAAUUCUCACACAGAAUUCUGGCUUCCCUCUGAUCUCUUGCAGAAUGCUCACUUCUCUCACGCAGAAUUCUCACUUCCCUCUGAUCUCUUGCAGAAUUCUCACUUCUCUCACGCAGAAUUCUCGCUUCCCUCUGAUCUCUUGCAGAAUGCUCACUUCUCUCACCCAGAAUUCUCGCUUCCCUCUGAUCUCUUGCAGAAUUCUCAUUUCUCUCACACAGAAUUCUCACUUCCCUCUGAUCUCUUGCAGAAUGCUCACUUCUCUCACGCAGAAUUCUCACUUCCCUCUGAUCUCUUGCAGAAUUCUCAUUUCUCUCACGCAGAAUUCUCGCUUCCCUCUGAUCUCUUGCAGAAUGCUCACUUCUCUCAUGCAGAAUUCUCGCUUCCCUCUGAUCUCUUGCAGAAUGCUCACUUCUCUCACACAGAAUUCUCACUUCCCUCUGAUCUCUUGCAGAAUGCUCACUUCUCUCACGCAGAAUUCUCGCUUCCCUCUGAUCUCUUGCAGAAUGCUCACUUCUCUCAUGCAGAAUUCUCACUUCCCUCUGAUCUCUUGCAGAAUUCUCACUUCUCUCACACAGAAUUCCCGCUUCCCUCUGAUCUCUUGCAGAAUUCUCACUUCUCUCACACAGAAUUCCCGCUUCCCUCUGAUCUCUUGCAGAAUUCUCACUUCUCUCAUGCAGAAUUCUCGCUUCCCUCUGAUCUCUUGCAGAAUUCUCACUUCUCUCACACAGAAUUCUCGCUUCCCUCUGAUCUCUUGCAGAAUGCUCACUUCUCUCACGCAGAAUUCUCGCUUCCCUCUGAUCUCUUGCAGAAUGCUCACUUCUCUCACACAGAAUUCUCGCUUCCCUCUGAUCUCUUGCAGAAUUCUCACUUCUCUUACACAGAAUUCUCGGUUCCCUCUGAUCUCUUGCAGAAUGCUCACUUCUCUCAAGCAGAAUUCUCACUUCCCUCUGAUCUCUUGCAGAAUUCUCAUUUCUCUCACGCAGAAUUCUGGCUUCCCUCUGAUCUCUUGCAGAAUGCUCACUUCUCUGACGCAGAAUUCUCACUUCCCUCUGAUCUCUUGCAGAAUUCUCACUUCUCUUACACAGAAUUCUCACUUCCCUCUGAUCUCUUGCAGAAUUCUCACUUCUCUCACACAGAAUUCUCACUUCCCUCUGAUCUCUUGCAGAAUGCUCACUUCUCUCACGCAGAAUUCUCGCUUCCCUCUGAUCUCUUGCAGAAUGCUCACUUCUCUCACCCAGAAUUCUCGCUUCCCUCUGAUCUCUUGCAGAAUUCUCAUUUCUCUCACACAGAAUUCUCACUUCCCUCUGAUCUCUUGCAGAAUGCUCACUUCUCUCACGCAGAAUUCUCACUUCCCUCUGAUCUCUUGCAGAAUUCUCAUUUCUCUCAUGCAGAAUUCUUGCUUCCCUCUGAUCUCUUGCAGAAUGCUCACUUCUCUCAUGCAGAAUUCUCACUUCCCUCUGAUCUCUUGCAGAAUGCUCACUUCUCUCAUGCAGAAUUCUCACUUCCCUCUGAUCUCUUGCAGAAUUCUCACUUCUCUCACACAGAAUUCUCACUUCCCUCUGAUCUCUUGCAGAAUGCUCACUUCUCUCACGCAGAAUUCUCGCUUCCCUCUGAUCUCUUGCAGAAUGCUCACUUCUCUCACGCAGAAUUCCCGCUUCCCUCUGAUCUCUUGCAGAAUUCUCACUUCUCUCACACAGAAUUCCCGCUUCCCUCUGAUCUCUUGCAGAAUUCUCACUUCUCUCAUGCAGAAUUCUCGCUUCCCUCUGAUCUCUUGCAGAAUUCUCACUUCUCUCACACAGAAUUCUCGCUUCCCUCUGAUCUCUUGCAGAAUGCUCACUUCUCUCACGCAGAAUUCUCGCUUCCCUCUGAUCUCUUGCAGAAUGCUCACUUCUCUCACGCAGAAUUCUCGCUUCCCUCUGAUCUCUUGCAGAAUGCUCACUUCUCUCACGCAGAAUUCUCGCUUCCCUCUGAUCUCUUGCAGAAUGCUCACUUCUCUCAUGCAGAAUUCUCGCUUCCCUCUGAUCUCUUGUAGAAUUCUCACUUCUCUCAUGCAGAAUUCUCGCUUCCCUCUGAUCUCUUGCAGAAUGCUCACUUCUCUCAUGCAGAAUUCUUGCUUCCCUCUGAUCUCUCACAGCAGAGCAGUCUCCUAAGAUCUUGCCAUCAGAUGCAAUUCAAUCGGAUUAACCAUCUUGAUGUCCCUCUCUAUCAAAGGAAUGGCAUUCACCCUCUGCUUCCUUGUCUUUUGGUGGUGGCAGCAUUGGCAUCCUUUGAUUUCACUGGCUCUUCCAGCAAACAAGUUCUCCCUAGAUGGUGGAAGGAUGGCACCGGAAAAGAAAGCACUGGGAUUAAAUUACAAAAGUGGGCAAUAAAAAAUUAUGGGGUUGAAGACAUGCAGAUUAAUUUGACCAAGUUUUGUUGUGGUGGAAAGAUUAUUAACCUUUUUAAUUGUCAAGCAAUAAUGAGGUCGUAUAUUUACAGUGAUUGUCACUGUAAGGCUUUGAGAAAUCUGUUGAGUUUUGCAGGCUCAGUCCAGUGUAUCUGGCCUUUUUCAUAGCUAGUAAAGAAGGCUGUUAACUAUUUUGGGCCCGCCUUCAGAUAUUCAUCUUUUCCAUUUUCCAAACCUGUACAUGGUGUUUUGUUUUUGUUUUUUUAAACAGGCUUCUUAAUUCAACAGGGAUGAGAGAUCUUCUUAAUCAAGGGGGGGGGCCCUUCCAGACUGCAUGCAGAUCUUGCAAAUACAGGGCUCUGAAAGGCCCCAGGGACAUGUGGAAUAGACACAUGAAGGUAUAUGGGAUGAGCACAUAUAAUGUGGGCCUUCAUAUGGUCAGGUGAUGAAAAGGAGCAGCACAGAUGGGAAGAGUCAAAAAAAGCAGAAGUUGUGGAUGAGGGUUGUCCUUUUACAGCUGGUCCUUUUACAGCUCAUGCCUUCAUUGUGAUAGUUCGCUCUCUGCCCCCUUGAAGUGCAAAAUGCCUGUUGGCUCCACGCUAGUUUGCUCUUGCAUAGCUUAUAUCAGGGAUAACCAGCUAGGUGUCCUCUGGAUGUUGUUCAACAGCAAUUCAUAGCUGUCAACUUUUCCCUUUUCUUGUGAGGAAUCCUAUUUGGAAUAAGGGAAUUUCCCUUAAUAAAAGGGAAAUGUUGACAGCUAUGCACCAAUUUCCCUGAGCCCCAGCCAACCUGUCUAUUGGUUAAAGAUGAUUUUAUGUAUUUAUUUUAUGUAAAAUCAUUUAUAAACCUCAAAAUCACCAAGUAGUGUGCAUGAAUACAAACAUGGAAACAAUAGAACAGAGCCAUAAAAACAGCAACAGUCAGAAGGCCACCAUGUUUGCUACCCCUGAUAUCCUGCAGUGUUGGAUUCAGACCCAUUUAAAACAUCAGUCAUUGCUGAUUUGUCAAAACGUCCACCGUUUCUCUGCUUUUGGCUCAGCAGAGUAGCUUUACUUGGUCCCCAUCUCCCUCCUCAGUCUAAUUCCAACUCCUCCUUCUCUCUUUGCCUUGUACUUUGACAUCUGCUCUUCAAGCUCCAGCCGUUCUAAACCUAACUCCCCGGGUCUGUCUGUAGACAGAGUACAGACUGUUGUUGCAGCUGUCUUGGGCUGAUACCUGCUGGGAAGGUUUCAGCGCAAGUGGUUUUGAGUGCCCAAGCAAGGAGGGAGCUAGUGAAUGUCUCAUAUUGAGGUUUUUGCAAACAUCUUCCUCCCGUCAUGUGGAGAUGCUUCCCAGCGCUCCUGAAAAACAAGAUCUGCACUGAAACCAGCCUUGGCAGAGCCUGCAGCCAUUUAAGAGCAGUCGCAUUCAAAAGCGCAGAGAAGUCGUUUUCUGUCAAAUUGCCCCAAAGUUACCUAUUACGAAGGACCAGAAGGAGCACAAUAGUUUCAUUGAAUGAUUCCAGCCUGAAAUCCAUGAAGACUUUCUUUCACUGAAUGGGAACAUGAUGACAUUCUAAAUUCUGAUUAAAAAAAUUAAACAAACACGCCAGCCACUAUGUAGAAGUCAUCUCUCUCUGUCUCCCACUCCACCCACUUUCCCCCAAGGAAUAUAAUUCUGCCUUCUAAAAGUAGAAUAAAACAUUUCUAUUCUAGUUAGUUGCUAAUUUGGAUGAUCUGGUUUCUGGAGUUGAGAAUGUUGUCUGCACAGAGUAACCAGGGGUGUAAAGGUGAAAGGUAAAGGUAUAGGACCCCUGGAUGGUUAAGUCCAGUCAAAGGGGACUAUGGGGUGCGGCGCUCAUUUCGCUUUCAGACUAAGGGAGCUGGCGUUUUUCCACAGACAGCUUUCUGGGUCAUGUGGCCAGCAUGACUAAACUGCUUCUGGUGCAACGGGACACCGUGACAGAAACCAGAGUGCACGGAAACGCCGUUUACCUUCCCGCCGCAGCAGUACCUAAUUAUCUACUUGCACUGGCGUGCUUUUGAACUGCUACGUUGGCAGGAGCUGGGACAAAGCAAUCGGAGCUCACUCCAUCAUGGGGAUUCGAACCGCCGACCUUCUGAUAGGCAAGCCCAAGAGGCUCAGUGGUUUAGACCACAGUGACACCCGCAUUCCACUUGAGAUGUAGGCUGAAGUGCCUAGAGGAAGGAGAUCAGUGUAUAAGCAUUUUUGGCCACAAAUCCUGGUCAGCCUGAUGGGCACAUCCGAUGUAUCAUUCAGCAUUGGCAGAAUCUGGGGGAGCAGUGUGUGAUGCCAGAUGAGGCCACAGUCCCAGGGGCUCAUUACAUGAGUCUGGCAUUUACUGCUACAUUAUGAGGUAAAGGACUGGAGGAAGAAAAAUAAUAAUCAUACAGCUUACAUUGGUUAGGGGCCACCAUAUCGUUGGUUCAUGAGUUUCCUGAGGAGGGCACAGCUCAGCAUCAUGGCGCAUGUUUUGUGUGCAAAAAGGUCCUUGGUUCAAACCCUGCCAGCCCCAGGUGGGGCUGGGCAAGACCUGAAACCCUUGAGCAGGGGCAUAGCGUGGGGAGGGCCAGGGGGGCCAUAGCCUUGGGUGCUCGAUUUUUAGGGGGCACAAGCUAGGUGCCCCUAUGCAGGGAUCUCUGUUCCACCCUGCCUGUUCCAAGUCUCUGGGCCCCAGAGCCUGGCCUAGCCUCACCGCCCCGUCUCCAGCUCCCUUGCUGAAUGACCGCCCAUUGGGGAUGGGGGGGAUUCACCUACCAAGAGCCACAUUGGCCAACUGGACUCCUCCCUGGGUGGGUGGGUGGGCCAGCAGGCUGUGCAGCACAGUCCCACUUGGCUCCGGUGGGUGAGGGCUGGGCUGGAGCACAGGCUCCCUGAACGCUCAGCACCCCACCUGAGUGCACCCGGCAGUGAUGACGGCGAGGACUGGGCUAGCAGAUGCUCAAAAAGGAUGCAGUGCCGCUGCCCUUGAGAGCCACUUGAGACUUCUGAAUCCGGUGAUGCUUUUGUUUUUCUCUCUACUUUUUUCUUUUCUCAUGCUCAGUCUUUACUAAUGUAGCAGUUAAUGCUCUGGCUGCUGAUUCCGAGUUUUAGGCAAAGUGCAAUAUACACGCAUACACAUGUUCAAGCAGCCUCAUUGCUUGGGAAUUCUACGAAAAAUCAGUGCAUUUUUGAAAAGUCAGGGGUAGAUUUAAGGGAGUAUGACCCGUUCGGUCACACUGGGUGCAGAGCUUCGGGGGCACCACAACUAUGAUGUGGAAUGGAAGGCGGGAGGCAAGGGGGCAUCACUUAAAUUUGAGACCCCAAGGUCCGCCACUGGAAAAGUUCAGUCAAUUCUUUUCUUUCAAUUGUAUCCAAUUGUAUCCAAGCUUAGAUGGAAACUUGCUCCUUGAUCUCAGGAACCAGUGUACACAUUUGGGUGAUGAGCUCUUUAGGUGUCCAAAUGCAUAGUGAAGAAACAACUUUCCAAAACAUCUAGGGCAAAAUUCAACUAACAAGUCCGUCAGCCGAAGUCCUGUGCAAGGACCUCUGCUUGCGCAAUUGGGUUUCCCCCCUCUCAACCCUUUGUGCCCCCACAAAUGGCUUGGGGGAGUUCAGGAGAACCCCUAGAAUAGUGCAUGGGGGAGAGUAGAGGAGGGGUUGUUCUUGCUGGCAAUUUGAAAUUCUUGUCCUGAUAGAAUGAUCGCCAUUGCACAAUACUGAAUUCCUCCCUUAGUAGAUAUAAUAGUAAAAAUAUAUAUCUAUAUCUCACAUGCUGAAACACUGUAAACAGUGGCUGCAUUGUAAAUGUGGAAUACAUUAAGUAGCAUACUUUUUCCUAAGCAGAAUACUUCCUGAAAUACUUUAGGGGAAAAAUUGAAAUGUGGCAUUGUGUCUUCUACCCAUUUAUAUCAGAUAACCUGCAACAAGUUAACAAUUUUGUUACGUGCAGCUUCAACAUUUAAUUCACUGACCAACAGACAGUGCAACAAAAGCUUUAUUUGAUCAACUGGUGUGCAAUUUUAAUUGUAAAUGAACAUUUCAACUAAUAGGGUAGCAAAGUUUGUUUUUUGGUUUAUUUUGGUUCUGAUGUACUGUUGUCAUAGGAAAGGAAACUGAAAAUAUCAAGAAUGGUCCUUUCUUCUAGCAAUGAGAGGAAACCUUUGACUAAUUGUGCUGCACACGGCAACUUAGACUUCAGGAUCUCAAAGAAGACGCUUGUAUUUUUGUGAUAUGCAGAUAUAUUUAAACUUACUUGAUGGGGUGAUUUACCAUUUAAAUGAAAGUUGAUUAAUGAACAUGUUUUAGCUGGCUGAUAGCCCUAGGUUGGUUGGUUUUGAAUACUGUUUUGUGAUUUUUUGUCGCUGGUGUUGAGAGCCAAAGCUCACCUGUGUAAAUUCCGAAAUAAACAGGCCCUGGUCACCUGCUUCCAAAAAGGAGUAGACAGACUGCUGGAACUGACCUUACCUACAUAAGCAUUUCUCCAUGUGUGUGGUGGGAGAUAGAGGGCAUGCUCACCACUGCCAUAAGUCACGGAUACGUGUUUAAAAACAAGUAGGUUUGCUUCAGCUUUUUAACACCUCAUCUUUUUCUUGCUUCUGUUAAAAAGAAUGUCUCUGAUCCAGCUCUGCACACAAGCUAGGCUGCCCAGUUGUCAAUAGCAGCACCCAAAAGUGCUCUGAGUGUGCAGCCAACUCCAUUGGCCACCAGGAGACCUGGGAUCAUAUGCUUGGUCCCUGAUUUUAAGCCAUUGUCUACAUAUAGGGAGCCCCCUCCAUCCUCCCCCCACAUUAAUAUAGUAUUCGUUAUUUUCUAAUAUUUAGUGUAUUAAAAUUGGAGCGUUUUGAUGUGGCUGUGUUGACAUAAUCCAAUAUUAAAAAUACUAACAUUUCUUUACAUAUUUAACAAUUCAUGCCAGAUUUCCCUAUGGAGUCUAAUAAUGGCAACUGUAGAGGCGCCGGCAAUGGUGAGUACAUUUUAUCUAAUCAUUUCUUCUUUUUCUUAUAAAAUCAUAGAAUGGUAGAGUUGGGAGCCAGUGUGGUGUAGUGGUUAAGAGCGGUGGACUCGUAAUCUGGGGAACCGGGUUCGCGUCUCCGCUCCUCCACAUGCAGCUGCUGGGUGACCUUGGGCCAGUCACACUUCUCUGAAGUCUCUCAGCCUCGCUCACCUCACAGAGUGUUAGUUGUGGGGGAGGAGGGAAAGGAGAUUGUUAGCCACUUUGAGACUCCUUAAAGGGAGUGAAAGGUGGGAUAUCAAGUCCAAACUCCUCCUCCUCUUCCUUGGAAGGGGUCACAAGGGUCCAACCCCCUGCAAUGCAGGAAUCCUUCACCCAAUGUGGCACUCGAACCCACAACCCUGAGAUUAAGGGGUCUCAUGCUCGACCAAUUGAGCUAUCUGUCUUGAGAGCAGAUCUUAACAAUGCAGUGAUGCAAUAGCGUCUUGAUGUGGCACGACAGUGACGUGUUAAUGCCAUGAUGUGUCGUGAUCAUGUCACGACAGCAACAUGAUGGCUGGAGGGGUGGGGAUGGUCCUUUGAUUGUUUCUGCCCACAGAGCCAGACAGGCAACAAGAAAGAUAUCUGGAGAUUUAAGAAAACAGCAAAACCUUAGAGGCGCUGAAUGCAAGUGAACUCUAUCCUUCAUGUGUCAAAGAGCCAGGGCAUUAAUGAAAUGCAGCUGCUGAAUGGAGGUUUAUGGGUAGUUCUUGCUUUAUCAGGGUCCUGCAAUCUACUGUCCACACGGCUAAUCUCCAUGUCUCUCCCGACACAAAAUCCCUUUCCCCAUCAACUUGAGAGCACUCUUGGGGAGUGAGGGUUAUUUGUACAGAUGUGCAGAAGGACAACUUCCACUUCUGUUCGGUGUAAUGUGUGAAAAAGCCUCAAUGUGACGUUGAAAUGUGGGAGGGAAGACAUGGGUGGUGUCCACAAAUCAUGGCUCUCUGUUCAGUUGAGCCUACAUGUGUGCUGUGAUACUUUCCCUGGGUGGGACAGUGGAAGUGCUUGAUACUGAGUCCAUCUUAAUCAGUAUCUUCUACACCUCUGGAGGCUUGGAGGGCAAUAGAUGGCAGAGGACUUGCAUGGAUACAAACAGGCCACAUGGCAAUUGAUGCACAGAUAGUUAUUUCUUGCCUGGGAUGAUGAGCAGUUCCAUUAUUCCUCACAGAAGUUACGCCUGUGCAUCGUUUGCAGAUGAAAGCCCUGUGGGACCUCUUAGAGGACCAUGGAAGCCCCCUCACCCUGCAGGCCAAGGUGGAGGUCGAAUGCAAGUAUGAGUUAAAGUUGGGUUCUGCUCAAAUUUGGGCUAGGGGUUGCCGUAUUAGGAUUGCUUAGCAUUCAAAUACGUACACUAUCCUUUACUGAAAUGGCAUCAGGACUCCCUUGAAAGUUGUAUUUUAUGCUGUGUGCCUUGCCCCGUCUAAGAGUAAAAUUAUACAAAUUGCUUUCUGUGAUGGAAGUGAUGUAAAGAAGCUUUUAAAACCUUGUAGUUGAAGUGUUUUUCCUGAGGUUCAUUUUUUAGAAAUUAGGUUCUUUCUUGGACAAAGCUGGGUUUUAGCCUGCCUGUGGAACUAUUGUAAAGGAGAGUAGUGAUAGUAUCCAGUACUGUAUGGGAUUCCCUAAAGCUAAUCUCCAUUUACAGCAAGUUCAUCUUGAAAUAUCAAGAUGUCUCAAGUUUUUGAAGCCAUUCUCUCUCCAGCACCUACCAGAGCUCACCCUCCAUUUCCCUGCCAGUAAAUCCUCCUCUUAUCUUCCUUGUUCCAUCAUGCCUGAGUGGCUGUGGGCCAAAGUCCAGUGCCCCUUCCCCAAACCAGGAUAUAUUCUACUGUCCUGAUUGUAUAAAAAACAUACAACAUUGGAAAAUAUGGAAACAACGAGGAGAAGUAGGACUGAGAUGUGAAGAUCCAGACCAUGGGGAGCAUCAAAAAAUCAAUAAUUAUAAUUUGGACUAUAAUUUGGUCUUUUUUAUUUUAGUUUUUUAAUUUAAAUUGGAGUAUUAUGGUUGGAUAUAUUAAUCGGAUGUUUUUUACUGGAAAAUCAAUAAAAAUGAUUAAAAAACAACCACCACCACAUUUUAUAAAGUUUUUAUAAAGUUGGUGGUCCUGUGGCCUUUUGGGGCUGCAACUCAAGCACUGUGUUUAUUCAGUAGUGUGUGACAGAAUGUCCCUCUGCAAAGUGGACGGCCACCUUCCUUUUUGUUCCCGCUAUUUCAUUGCUUUUUUUUUUUGCCUAGCUUACUUUUCUGCCAGCCUGCCCCUUUUUGCAGUGAUUUUGGACAAGGUAUCCCCCCACAUCAAGAGCACUGCAGGGAGAAAUGUAUAAAUUUGUCUUUUACUUAGUUUAGUGGCAGUGCAAAAUGCUCCCAGUUCAAUCCCUGGCAACUCCAGGUAAAUGGAUCAUAGAAUCACAGAACUGUAGAGUUGGAAGGGACCCCAAGGGCCAUCUAGUCCAACCCCCCCCCCCAAUGAAGGAAUCACUGGCCUGGAUUCAGCAUUGUCUUAUCACCAGCAAAAGGGCUAUUGUGCUAGCAUAAGGGUAAGAAUGGGACACGGGUGGCGCUGUGGGUUAAACCACUGAGCCUAGGACUUGCCGAUCAGAAGGCUGGCGGUUCGAAUCCCCACGACGGGGUGAGCUCCCGUUGCUUGGUCCCUGCUCCUGCCAACCUAGCAGUUCGAAAGCACGUCAAAGUGCAAAUAGAUAAAUAGGUACUGGUCCGGUGGGAAGGUAAACGGCGUUUCCGUGUACUGCUCUGGUUCGCUGUGCUGCUCUGAGUCAUGCUGGCCACAUGACCUGGAAGCUGUACACCAACUCCCUCGGCCAAUAAAGUGAGAUGAGCGCCACAACCCCAGAGUCGAUCACGACUGGACCUAAUGGUCAGGGGUCCCUUUACUGAAGGGUAAGAAUAAUGGUUGUGCAGUGUGAAAUCUGAUGCAACCGUUGCACUAGAAGCAGUGGCGUAGCGUGGGGGGUGCAGGGGGGGCCGGCCGCACCGGGCGCAACAUCUGGGGGGGCGCGCUCGCACUCGCAGCUCUCUGCCCCUACCUGGCUCACUCUCUCUCACUGCAGUGCUGGCUGUGCGAAUCCGAUCCAAGCCGCCGGGUCGCCGCCCACUGUGUGUGUGGGGGGUGCCAGGCGUGCGGGUGUGGGUUAGGGGGCGCAAAUCCAUGGGUUAGGGGGCACAAAUUACUUGCCCUGGGUGCUGACAACCCACGCUACGCCACUGACUAGAAGAAGCUUGUUGUGCAACAGGAAGUACUAGUAUUACAGUAAUCUAUUGCACACUGGCCAUGAAUGCCAUUCUAGUUUCCUGCCCUUCUUUUGCACAAUAGAACACAAUUAAAAAAGUGCAUUAAAAAAACCACAUGGUAAAGUCUUGGCUUGUUUAAUUCAUUGUUUAUUUGCAGUUGCGGGGCGCGUUACUGCACGACUUCCCCUCGUUGUGAAGUUGUGAAGUAACACAUCCUGCACCUGCAAAUAAACAAGGAAUCAAACAAGUCAAGACUUUACCAUGUGUGGUUUUUUUUAAUGCAAUUUUGAAUUGUGCUCUGUAGUGAAUACUGCAUUUAACUUCCACACAAGCUCAGCUAGUGCCCUGCUCAUGUACUUUUACUUAGCGUGACAUUGAAUGCCUUGGCAGGGCUGGCAAGGGUCUCUGCUGGAGUCAUAUAACUGUUAAUAGUAUACAGUAGUGGACCGUCAAGAUGGGGGAAGCAGUUCAUUUCAUGUUUGUGUUACUUUCUUAUAUGCUCACCCACAAAUCAGUACAGUGGAACCUCAAGUUACAUAUGCUUCAGGUUACAGACUCCGCUAACCCAGAAAUAGUGCUUCAGGUUAAGAACUUUGCUUCAGGAUGAGAACAGAAAUCGUGCUCCGGCAGUGCGGUGGCAAUAGCUAAAGUGGUGCUUCAGGUUAAGAACAGUUUCAGGUUAAGAACGGACCUCCGGAACGAAUUAAGUACUUAACCCGAGGUACCACUGUACUGUCCUGUUCCUAUGUUAAUCUGUCAAUUAAAAAAAAAAAUCUGCAUACAAAUUCAAAAACAUAUUUCUAAUGCAUCUUCUCUCAAACUGUGAAGUAUAUUUCAAUGCUUUUUUUAAAAUCUGAGAACUGUAUUCAGAACAACCGGGAAGGGCAAAUUCUGGUGUAGAAUCAAGUUCUGACCCACACAUUAGGAAGGGGCCAGUUUGUAUAGGAACUUACAGAAGUUGGAAUUCCUCAAGCAACACUCAUGGUCAGCACAGUCGUACCUUGGAAGUUGAACGGAAUCUGUUCCGGGAGUCGGUUUGACUUCCAAAACAUUCGAAAAUCAAAUCACGGCUUCUGAUUGGCAGCAGAAAGCUCCUGCAGCCAAUCAGAAGCCUCGCAACCCGUCAGACGUCCGGGUUCCAAAAGAACGUUUGCAAAUUGGAACAAUCACUGCAGCGUUUGGGAGCCAAAACGUUCGAGUACCAAGGCAUUUGGGAUCCAAGGUACGACUCUACUGGGUUAGAGAGAUCAAUAGCCUGACAGCUUAUUUUUAUCUGGUUUGGAAGUGAAUAAAGAUAUGCAAGGACACUUGAGGUUAGGGUCAAAGGAUGCUUCUGCCUUUUACCGAAUCAGACCACUGGUCCACCCAGCUCAUUAUCAUCUGCACCAGGAACAGGAAACCUGUGGCCCUCCAGUUGUUAUUGCACGGCACUCCCAUCAUCCUUGACAUUGAACCAUGCUGGCAGAGGCUGAUAGGCAUCGGAAUCCAACAAUAUCUGGAUGACCACAGGUUCCCCAGAACUGAAAUUCGCCUGCCAUGCAGGGUUUUCAUAAGGCACAGAUGGGGUACCUGGUGUCCUCCUGACGUUCUUAGGACUCCAGCUCCCAUCAGCCGCAGACAGCAUGGCCAGUGGUGAGGAAGGAUGGGAGUUGUAGUCCAACCGCAUCUUGAAGGCCCCAGAUUCCCCAUCCUGGGGAUAUAAGAAUUAACAAUAAGAAAAAUGUAUGUGAAGCACUUUGAGCUAUUCUAAGAAGUGGUGUAGGAACACAAGAGUAUUAUUACUUCUGCGUUUUAAGCACUGCCCUCCAGUGAGGAUUAAAGAAAAAAACCCUGGGCUGAGCAUUUCAAAAGAAAGUUGGAGGUUCUCUUUGGUGUGUUAUUUUCGCUGGUGAAUAAUGUCUCUGUGCAAAAUCUAAUCAAGUCAAGUCUCAUCCCUGGCAACGUCAGCUGGCAAAACCUUAUGUAUAAAUAUUACCCCUCUUCCUUUGGCUAGGAAAUGACAUUUUUGUCUGUUUCAUAAGCCUUUCUUUUUUUUUAAAAAAAAAGUUGCUUAAAAGAUUCUCCAGAUUUCUGUUUUUUUAAAAAUAAUAUUUUAGAUGGGUGUAAAUACUUCCAUUGCCCGAGUUUUAUGCAGCCAAAGAGCCAUUAUAUUCUUAGGAGUAUUUAUAGUGAUCUUUUCCAUUCCUGCUCUGCCACUCAGAGGUCCCCUGCUCUCUCACGUGACUCUACCCAUCAUUCCUUGCUGUACCUUACGCCUAGAGACACACACCCCCGUCCCAAGCACCCCCAUGAUGGGGCCUAGCCCCAAACCCAUCUUUUCAGUGAAGUUUGGGGUUGACCUUUCAGCUGGUGGUUAAAUGGAAGGGCAGUCACAAAGGGUGGAAUACAGCUGCCCCCUUGCCUCUUUCGAUUUGAGAUACAAAUUUUUGAAGAUUCAUGCGAAAAACACAGUGGGCAUUCUUAUCCUCUCACUAGUUACAAUAUUCCCUGAUACUCACUUCCAGUUGGCCAUUCUCCCCCCGCCACAUUCCUGCAAAUGUAUGUGUGUUUGUUGUGCUUGCUUUUCACAUUUAAAAAAAUGCAUGUAUUUCCCACCUUUUCUGAGGCCCUUUGCUUCCUCUCUUCUUCCUUACUUUGACCCAUUGCCCCCAUUUUCUGCCUUAACACAUAGCCCAACUCCUCCUGCCUCUUGAGGACGUCUCCCUCCCUCAGCAAUCCUGCUUGCUCCAUAGUUUAUUCUUUCUUUUCUGCUAGACUUGCUCCUGCCUCCAGCCUUCAGCCACUCUCUACUUCCUCAGGGUCCUUCCUCUUCCCUCUCUUCCUUGCUAUUUUCUGGUAUAGACCACCAGUUGGCUGACCGGGGGAGAUUUGCCUGCUGGGCAGCCUUACCAGCAACCAUUUGAUAGUUGAAAGUGAAAAUUUCUAAGCAGCUAGAGGGAGGCUUUUGGUCCGAUGGCUGCCUAUGUUACAGAGCCAAUCAAUCCUUGGUUUCACUUUUCUCCACCAUUGGUAUUUGGUCGGAGGCAGUGGCGGACUUUGGGCUUUCAAAUUUCAGCGGUGCCCUGUGCAGUGCCAAAAUUUGGUGCCCCCUGCCCCUUGCCUUCCAUUCUACAUCAUUAUUUUGGCACCCCAGCAACGCCCUCUUGGCUCAGCCUCCAAUACGGGUGAACUGGUCACACUCUUCUAAAUCUGCUAAAUCAGUUUGGGGGUGGGAGUAGAUAUUGGGUGAUCACCAGUGUAAGUUUUCCCUCUCUGCAUGUUUCCUUCCCCUAAACUAGGGAUUAUAGAAUUGUAGAGUCACUCCAACUCCCUGAAAUGCAGGAAUAUUUAUUUAUUUGUUAUUUGUUUAUUAUUAAGUAUACAUACUGCCCUAUACUGGUUCACAGGUAUAAAAUCACAGUAUAAAAAACACAAAAUACACAAACAAAAUAAAAACAGGAACAAUCCAAUAGCCCCUUGCAAAUGAUAAAACAGAAUUUAAAACACACACAUGCAGUAUUUGUAAUAAAACAUGUAAAAAUAAGCACCCACCAGGUAUUGCCAAAGAGUAGAUUAAAAGAUCAAACUGUCUUUCAAAUCAAAACAUUUUAGCCAUCUCCCCCAAUUGUAACCAUUCAUAGAAGCUCUUUGAUCUAUUAAUAUGCAGCUGUCCCAUAAGGGAAUUGAACUUGAACCUUGGCAUCAUCAGCACCACACUCUAACCAACUGAGCUAUCCAACCCCUUUCUUGUGCCAGUGGUGGGCAGGGCCUGAGGCAAAUGUAGGCCCAGAAACCAAUGUGCCCCAUUCCUUUGUCAACCCCUCUCAUUCCUCCAUCCAGGAAAACAAGAAGCAUUAUCAGAAUUCAAGAACACCCGCCAGCCAGGCAAAAAGCCCCAAAGGAUGUGUGUGUUUAGCAGGGGCAGUGAGGAAUGUGGCCUGGGGGUUGGGUAGCCAGAGGGCCAGCUACAAAGAGUCUUCAUACCUGUAUCCUAACCUGCCAGCUGUUUGAUGACACCCCUCUUCCCUACACUGGCCAAGUGCUCCAGAAAUAAAAGGUGGGGCAGAUACAAGGCACCUGUAGCGUUAUGUAGAUUGGUGCCUGGAUUUUUCAACUUUCAAAUUCCCAAAAUGACAGGUGCUAAAAAGUUAUAGCAUGACCUGGGAAUUCAAAAUAUAUUUUGGUUAAAUUAACAUAAUUUAGUGAAAUGUGUGUAAAAUCGAAAAAUUGCAUAGCAAUCAUUAAGAACGAUUGUCAACCAUUUGCAGGUAUAUUUAUAUACUCAUAUUAUGUUUACUAAUUAUUAUGUAGGAAGCGGGAGGAGUUGUCUUGUUGUUUCGGUUUAAAUAUUUACUUUUGUUUAAUCCUGUAUUUUAUUUUGUGAGAUCUUUUGAUGAAGGGUGUUAUAUACGUUUAAUAUAUACAUAAUAAAAUAAAUAAACCAUUGUCGUUUAGCAUUACCUGACAUUUCCAGAAGGUAAAAUUGAGAUUCUGUGGUUUUCCAGUUUAUGUGUACUUUCAUCAAGUAUAGACUUACCAAGCUAAAUGUUGUCCAGUCACAAAAAUAAUAGCAGAUUCCAGUUCUUCACACCCAAAAACAUAUUUUUAAGACUCCCCAGUGAACAAAAUUUGCAAAAAAUAAGUUUCACUCCCUAAAAUGACAUGCCCCAGCCUGCUUUGGUUUUAUUAACUUCAGGCUCAGGAAUAAAUUGGUUUUUUGUUUGUACUUUCUUUUUUUUGGGGGGGGGGAUACUGAACCUUUAAUAGUUUUCUCGAAGAGGGAAUGUUAGCUGUUGUUGCUGGCACUCACACAAUCCAACAGGGCCUGGGCUUCCACUACAAAUGACUUGCUACCAUUUCAGCAUAUAUGAAUAAGUUCUGGAAAGAUUGAAUAGUGCGGCUUACGGCUUUUGAGUGUUUAUUUCCUCUGAUGCAAGGAAUUUCUGUUGUGUUUCUCCCCCAGAGCGCUGCAAAUGCAAGCCAAUAAAAGCAACCCAGAAGACUUAUCUUCGGAACAAUUACAACUACGGUAAGCACAGCAGCCUUCAGCUACCUUUGAAGUAGGGCAGAAGGUUCAGUGGAAGCAGGAAACGGUUGAUAGAAGCGGUUUCCUUGGCAUUUGCCCUUGCCACUCCACACCCUCACGAGGCAAGUGAUCUCAGCCAGAGCUGCUGGGGAAAAUGAAUUAAUUUUAAGUGCCUGUCAAAUGGCUCCUCUUCCCCACACCCUUCCAUUUCCAUGCAUAGAAUAGAACAGGGGUAGGCAAACUAAGGCCCGGGGGCCAGAUGUGGCCCAAUCGCCUUCUCAAUCUGGCCCACAGACGGUCUGGGAAUCAGCGUGUUUUUACAUGAGUAGAAUGUGUCCUUUUAUUUAAAAUGCAUCUCUGGGUUAUUUGUGGGGCCUGCCUGGUGUUUUACAUGAGUAGAAUGUGUGCUUUUAUUUAAAAUGCAUCUCUGGGUUAUUUGUGGGGCCUGCCUGGUGUUUUACAUGAGUAGAAUGUGUGCUUUUAUUUAAAAUGCAUCUCUGGGUUAUUUGUGGGGCCUGUCUGGUGUUUUUACAUGAGUAGAAUGUGUCCUUUUAUUUAAAAUGCAUCUCUGGGUUAUUUGUGGGGCCUGCCUGGUGUUUUACAUGAGUAGAAUGUGUGCUUUUAUUUAAAAUGCAUCUCUGGAUUAUUUGUGAGGCAUAGGAAUUUGUUCAUUUCCCCCCAAAAAUAUAGUCCGGCCCACCACAUGGUCUGAGGGACAGUGGACUGGCCCUCUGCUAAAAAAGUUUGCUGACCCCUGGAAUAGAAUGUGAAGAUUAGAUUAUUGUUUUAACUAGUAGAUUCUUUCUUUCUUUCUUUCUUUCUUUCUUUCUUUCUUUCUCUCUCUCUCUCUCUCUCUCUCUCUCUCUCUCUCUCUCUCUGUCAUUAUAUCAUACCUUUCUUCUCCAAGCAGCUUAAGGUGGCAAAUGUGGUUCUCCAAGCACAACAACUCUGUGAGGUAGGUUAGGCUGAGAGGCAGUGACUGGUAUGAGGUCACCCAGUGACUGGCUUCAUGGCCGAAUGAGGAUUUGAGCCCUGUUCUCCUAGGACCUUAGGUAAAGGUAAAGGGACCCCUGACCAUUAGGUCCAGUCGUGACCGAUUCUGGGGUUGCGGCGCUCAUCUCGCUUUAUUCUAAUCGCUACACUACAUUGCCUAUAGGAUUAUAAAGAUGGUUCUUGAUGGAAAUAUGGGAGAGAUGCAUUCCCACCCUCUCCUAGCUGCUGUGUUAGCUCAAGGCAUUUCAGAGGCAGCAACAGGGAAGGUUGAUGGAGAGCUGACUUUCUUAGCUUCUGCCUUUCCUAUUGACAUGUCGGAGCUUUUGUGUAACAGUAGAAGCCAUGAUGGAAAGCUGGGGUCUGCACUUGGCCCCGGACUUUGUGCUUUCCUUCAAAGAAAGCCCUUCUGGAAAGAAAGUUAGGAAGCAUAAAGUGUAGUCCUAACUAACCCCACUCAGAGAGUCCAAACACACAUGGACAGUCCCUCUCCCUCACUGAGAGUCACAUCUCCACCUGACCAUUCAACUCUUAGUUUCCAGCUUAAACUCCACACUCUCCUGAUGGACUGAUGGACUGAGCAACUCUCACUGGUUGCUGGCUUGAUCUUUGAGUCAGAGGAGGGCAGCGGGAUGUCUUAGGCCAGAAACACUACGGGUUUUGCUUGCGGAAAUGCUUCCAGUUGAUUAAGUGCUUCUGGGCCUGAGUACUAUUCCCUCAGUCCUAUUCUAGACCCCUGGCCUCAUCCUUUGAAGAAGGGGAGUCUGACCCCAGGCCAUGACAGGAUUGGGCACUAGUGCAUCCAUCCCUCCAAAAUGGAGGGCGAGAACCCCCAAAGGACUAACGAGGAUGGAUUACUAGGCACAGAAUGGGGAGAGGAGGAAACUGGCAAAAGCGAGCAUGGAAGAGAGUGGUUAGAACAUUGCCACAUGUUCUUGUUGCAAUGGGGGGUGGUUUUUCCACAGGGAGCACUGGGCUUAUGGCAUGCACGUCCUGCUAAAACACGAGAAGCUCUACUUGUAUUGCCGAUCCACCAGCUUUUGGAGACAUUCCCUCGAUCUCUCAACCUCUUUUUUAAUGGUGUUUUCAUUUUAAUGAGGCUGAUUUAUUGUGUGUUUUGAUUAUGGGUGUUUAUCCAUUUCAGCGUUUCAAUUGGUUUGUUUGAUAGUGUAACUACGGAUGGUUAUAUUUUGUGUAACUGUUGUUUUUUUUAGACUUCGUAAAAGUAUACAAAGUAAAAGCUGCCAUAGAAGCUGAUUUGGACAUGAAGAAGUAUAUAGACAGACAAACAAGCCGCUGUGUUGCAGGGCCCCCGCGUGGAAUAAUAAUUAGCACAAUAACAAAAUAAAUAGCACCAUAACAUGACGAUAAGACUUCCAUUUAAAACAAACAAGCGGACACAAUAUUGGGCUCAGGAGGAGAAGCAUAUAAAUAUUCAAAAAGCUUUAGGCUGAUGCAGCUUUGGCUGCCGUAACCUUAAUCCCUCUUUCUGUUAUUUUUCUCCAGUCAUUCGAGCUAAAGUGAAGGAGGUGAAGACCAAAUGUCACGAUGUCACUGCAGUAGUGGAAGUGAAGGAGAUACUAAAAUCUUCCUUGGUGAACAUUCCUAGGGACACUGUAAACCUGUACACAAACUCUGGCUGCCUCUGCCCACCUCUCAGUGCUAACGAAGAAUACAUCAUCAUGGGUUACGAAGACGAAGAGCGCUCGAGGUAACUGUUCUUUCUCCCCCGCUUCCUAUGGGGGGCCUUCCUGAAGAGGGAUGCUACAUCGGUUUGUACCACUACAUAAAAGGUCCCAUUGCACAUUGGGAACUAGCCUUCCAAAGGUCUUUUAAGUAUGCUGAACAAGGCCUCAUCUGAAGAUGUAUCAGUAAUCAGGCUGAUGCAUAUGGAAGAAGAUGCUACCUGACGCACUGUGCAAGGCUUUAAAGUGUGGAAAUGAAAGUAACAUAAGUACCUUCCCCUCAGCGAGUAAUGGAGCUGCCAGAAAACAUUUCUAGGGAUGUAGCGGUAUGGGGUAAGGGUGAGGGUGGCAAUUACCAGGGAAGAAGAGUUUGAAGAAGAAGAAGAGUUUGGAUUUGAUAUCCCGCUUUGUCACUACAUUAAGGAGUCUCAAAGCAGCUAACAAUUUCCUUUCCCUUCCUCCCCCACAACAAACACUCUGUGAGGUGAGUGAGGCUGAGAGACUUCAGAGAAGUGUGACUAGCCCAAGGUCACCCAGCAGCUGCAUGUGGAGGAGCGGGGAAUCGAACCCGGUUCACCAGAUUACGAGUCUACCGCUCUUAACCACUACACCAGAAGUUGAGUGGUAGUCCAUAGUUGGCCACAACUGCUAUAAUUCCUUACCAUUGGUCAUGCUGGCAGGGAUAGAUGGGAAAGCAUCAUAUUGGUGACCUCUGUCUUCAUAGGUUGCUUUUUCCCCUUCUUGAACAUGAAGCAUUCCCUUUGUCCCUAAAUAUAUUCAUUAUGCUUGUGUGUGUGUAUCACAUCACAUCACGUCAUCUUAUCAUAUCAUAUAUUAUGAUGCAUUGUUGACAUUGUUUUCCUGUAAAUGUGUAGGUUGCUCUUGGUAGAAGGCUCCAUAGCUGAGAAAUGGAAGGAUCGACUUGGUAAAAAAGUCAAGGUAAGACAAAGUUUCAUGACUUGUUUGAUCAUGUUUGACCUAAGCUUGCAGAGGGAUCCAGCCUUUGGCAUCACUCAUCAACACACGGGGAAGACUUCCAGAGCAAAUGAAGUUCUCCUUCUCAGUGAUCCCAAAUCUCAUACCAUACUCUUUAUUCUGAAAAGUAUAAAUGAACAUGUAAACAUGCCAAAGAUUGCUGUAAAGAGAUUCCACCCCCAAAUAUAUUAAUAUUUAUUCAUGUGCCAUAAAACGAAAUAUGACUUAAGACUAAACUGAGGCCCAAAAACCAUGUCAACAUUCAAAAUAAAUGUGAAAAUCAUCAAAUUAGUACCAGUGUUUUGUGAUUACACCUGCUAUGAUGAUGAUAAAAAAAUGCACAUUACUACUUGUUUAUAUAAUAAAGCAGUUUGAAUAUAAGCCUGACAAUCGCCUUUAAACUCUAAAUGGCUUAGAAAUAGGAUGCUUAAAAGACAACACACAUCCCUCCUACCCCAAAACAACUCUGCCCAUCCCCUGAGGUCAGCCGGAGAAGUUUCUGUUUGCUUGGGAACUAGACAAAUAAAAGAUUUCACAAGGCAAAAGGAUCCUGGAGCAAAUAUAUCCUUUUGCCGGCAUUGGAAUGCCAUCAAGAUAACAGACAGGCACUUUUGCAGCCUGGAAUCUGCAACAGAAAACAUUCGCCUUCCAACAGCACCUUGGAAGGUAGCAGGGUGCACAAAUAUCUCUCUGAUCAUAAUCCAGCCUUUAUUUAUUUAAAGCUUUUAAAACUUUUUAUACCACCCUUUUAUUGCUGGGUGGUUUACAAGAUUUAAAUAUGACACCCCCCAAAAAAACACACCACUAAUGCAUUUUUAUAUAUAAAAAGAGAGCGAGAGAGAAAAAGAGAGAUAUGAGGUCAGCAGAUAAAGGUUUAGUCAAUGAAACUUAAAAGAAUGUGAAAAGCAUUUCAUAAGCCCAGACACAUAAAUAGCUGUUUGCCUGGUGCUUAAAAGAAAAACAAUAUUAGUGCCAGGCAAGGCCCCCUCCCCCAGAAGGGCAUACAUUCCAUAACCAGGGUGUCACAGCUGAAAAAGCCCACGCCUUAUGCUUCGCUUUGGAAGUGAAGGUGUCCAGGGGAAGGGCUUCUGCAGAUGAUGUUAGAAUAUGGUUAAGUUGAUAUUGAAGAAUCAGCUUGGCACCGAGUCAUUUAGGGCUUUAGAAGUAAAACACCAGCACUCAGAACUGCGCCAGGAAGCAGCCAGGUGACCAGAGAAGCUCUUUUGAAAGUAACGAAAUGAUUCCUGUGAUGCUGUAUCCAGUGCAAGUUCCGUGCACACAAUAUUGGAACUUCCUGUCCCCUCCAGUCCCCUCCAUGCUCUCAGCUCUGUGGGAGACUUUGUAUGCUUCUUUGCAUGCAAGGAAGCCUCUGGACCCUUCAAAUAGCCAAUUGGGUCUAAUAUCCAAUGCAGCAGCUCUACUGGUGAUUGGGAGUGGCCAUUGAGACCAUAUAACACCGGUCCUGAAAGACCUACAUUGGCUUCCAAUACGUUUCUGAGCAGAAUUCAAAGUGUUGGUGCUGACCUUUAAAGCCCUAAACGGCCUUGGCCCAGUAUACCUGAAGGAGCGUCUCCAUCCCCAUCGUUCAGCCCGGACACUGAGGUCCAGCUCUGAGGGCCUUCUGGCGGUUCCCUCACUGCGAGAAGCCAAGUUACAGGGAACCAGUCAGAGGGCCUUUUCGGUGGUGGCGCCUGCCCUGUGGAAUGCCCUCCCAUCAGAUGUCAAGGAAAUAAUCAACUAUCUGACUUUUAGAAGACAUCUGAAGGCAGCCCUGUUUAGGGAAGUUUUUAAUGUUUUAUCGUGUUUUUAAUAUUCUGUUGGGAGCCCCCCAGAGUGGCUGGGGAGACUCAGUCAGAUGGGUGGGGUAUAAGUAAUAAAUUGUUAUUAUUAUUACGAAUUUCUUUAAAGAGGACAAGUCUCUGGUUACUGUCAGCAGUAAACCCACUGCUGCUUUUGGCCAGGUGGAUUAAUAGCCAAUACCACCCCAGUUAACUCCAUUUGAAAGUGGAUACAACACCAGUGAACAGGUUACCAGUGGUUUCUAUCCAUUGCUGCUAGUUAUAUCUGACCAUGUAGAGAUCCUUUUGCUGCCUCCGUUCAAGUUGUCACUGUUCUUUAAGCCCCAUAUCGGUUUCUCUCAAUUGUGUUUGCUCUUCUGUUUCUUUUGCCACUGCCAAGAAUAUGAAACAAUAGUUCAUUGAGUUUACUCAGUUUGUCCCUUCAGUGGUUUGGAGAGCAUUAAGUCGGGAACUUCAAGUCCCCGUUUUUUGAAUGACUUGGCAACAUGAAUAAAAUGAUAUGAGCUCUGUAGCUCAAACUUUGUGUGUUAAAGCACAUCCAAAGUACCUCAAGGUUCAUUCACCACAAACAGAAUAUAUACAUUGCACAACCCUGCUUUGAUACCUUUCUUUUAAAAUGCAUUAGUGUCUGCACCCAUUGCUUCUCUAAAACCAAACUGAUCUGGAACCUUGAAAAUAUUAUUCAAACUUACUGGCUUUUCAUAUGCACUUUGUAUUUAAUGUCAUAUUCUCCAAAUCCUUGCUCUGAAGCCAACUGUUCAGUAUCCUGACCCCAGCAUGUGGGGUUAGCAACUUCUUAAAACAAACAAUCUCAGCUAUGAAUCUGUAGUGUUGCAUUUGCCUUUUAGCGAGGGCCAGCAGAUUAAAAAAAAGAUUUCUGGAAUGAUGAGCUUACAGGGAGGCAACCAGCAUUGGGUGAAAAACAAUGAGUCUCGACUGCCUUUCUGACAACUAGCAAAUCUAUAGAUUAGAAGAUAUAGGUCCAAAGAGGAGAGCAAAAUGUUGUUGUUUGUUGUUGUCGUCCCCCCCCCAAUGAGGCCCAAAGGUCAAGGAGUGCAAAAGGCUACUGUCUGCGUGUCACAGAGAUAUGUGGACCACAAGGGACUACAGAGUCCAGUCCAAUAAAAUAAGAGUCCUGUCAGCCUGGGUGUGGCCUUCUCCUGACUAGCAGCUGGAGAUGGAGUGCAAAUAAACUCCCAAGGAGAGAUAAUGUUCUAAUGACAGUCCUGUCAUUUCCAUCAGGUAGAUUCUCAGGAGGUGGAGGAACUGGAAUUUGCAAGAAAAUAUACUUUAAAGUUUGCUCAGCAGCAGAGACUGAUAGCACCCUCCAUUUUGGCUGACAGGAUUACACUGUCAUCACUUAGUUCCUUCAUCCAUUGUUGACCACUCUGUCUGACAGAUAUAGCUGGAAUCUCCCCCCCCCUUUUUUGACACCUGUGCUGUCAACUGAUAAAUAUAUAAAUAAAGGACCUACCCACAUGACUCUGACACAAAAACCCUGCGCAAACACUAAAUCCCUGACAGAUGGCCAUCGAGCCUCUGCUUAUAAACCUCUAAGGAAGGAGAGUCCACCACCUCCCCAGGGAGACCGUUCCACUGUUUAAUAAUAAUAAUAAUAAUAAUAAUAAUAAUAAUAAUAAUACUACAAAUUCAUUAUUUAUACCCCGCCCAUUUGGCUGGGUUUCCCAACAGAAUAGUAAAAACAUGAUAAACAUGGCUCCCAACAGAAUAGUAAAAACAUGAUAAAACAUCAAACAUGAAAUUAAACUUCCCUAAACAGGGCUGCCUUCAGAUGUCUUCUAAAAGUCAGAUAGUUGUUUAUUUCCUUGACAUCUGAUGGGACAGCGUUCCACAGGGCGGGCGCCACUACCGAGAAGACCCUCUGCCUGGUUCCCUGUAACCUCAUUUUUCACAGUGAGGGAAUUGCCAGAAGGCCCUCGGAACUGGAGCUCAGUGUCUGGGCUGAACGAUGGGGGUGGAGACACUCCUUCAGGUAUACUGGGCAGAAAGAUUUUCCGAAUGUUUAGUCUGAAUCUCCUUUCUUGUAACUUGAAUCCAUUGGUUUGGGCCCUGCCUUCCAGAGCAGGAGAAAACAAGCUCAUGGUGAAGGAUAGAAUAUAUAUAUAUAUGGAGAGAGAUUAAAAUUUGAAGGAAUCCAGGAAGACAGAAAAUGCAUGAAGAGAAAGCCACAGUGACAGUUACCGGAAGGGCAAGUGUGAACAUGAGAUGGGUCAAAACAUAUAGUCUUGGCGCCCAGCCCUAGAAGCCACAAGUUGUGGUUUGUCCCUCAUACUAUGGUCGCUGUCUUGCCCGGCUGUUGCACUCACAUCACUUGACGGCUUUCUCUGCUCUGUUUUCUCAAAUGGUUCCACAGGUGGCUUCACUUAGGCUUUAUUUUUUUAAAAAAUAAAUAAAACUAAAGGCCCUUUUCUGGCUGAGUCAUCACGUUGGUGUUGGCCAGUUCAUUUGCACAGUUAAUACGAUCGCUAAGGUGGCCUGGGAUUGCUUGAUUGAAAGCAUGCUGGAGGGGGAGAGGGCAAUGUUUAAGAAUCGUGUGUCUGUGCACCGUUCAUUCAUAUAGAUGUAUCCUAUUUCUUGUUUUCUUGUGUUUCUAAUAACACCCCUGGGGCUAAUCUUACAAACAUUCUUGUGUGUACAAAUCAUGCAACGACCUCAGUCCGAGCUGGACCACUUGCUGUGGUUUGAAUAGGCUGGUGCAUAUAACAAAAACGGAAUUGCUACCUCUUCCACCACCCCCUACCCCCAAAAUAGAUUUGGGGCAGGGUUUGGGGUUUAAACACAGUAGUUAGCCAAACAAAGAGGUAAUACCCAAAGGUGUCGUUGUGUUAGGCUGUUGCAUCAAAAAGAACAAGGAGCCUUGUAGCACCUUAAUGACAGACAUUUAUUUAUUUAUUUAGAUUAUAGUUUAGUAAUUAUGCAUUGUAGUUGUUAAGAGUGAAUUUCUAUUUCAUCAUUAUUUGCUGAUAUUUAAUUUUAUUGUAUUGUAAUGGAUUGGGUCUUUUUUUAAAUACUACUUUAAUUGAUAUAAGUUGUUUAUUUUAAAGUUACAUUUUUAUUAUGACUCGUCUUGUAUUGGGUCAGAUUGUUAUAAGGUGUGUGUGGUCUUCAUUGCACAUUUUGUUGCUUCUUCUUCGUCAGAUGCAGACUGAAGCAUACAGUACAAAAUACUGCCUCUGUUUUUGCAUCUCAAACUGUCAUCUUCUUCAAUUAUUAGAAGCCACCUUUGGUUCAAAAUAGUGGGAACCAACUUGAUGCAGUUAAUUAAAACUGCAGCUGUUGCUGUUGUUUUGCAUUACACCAGAGGCGGGAACGGACUCCAGCUCCUCUAUCCCUGUGCUAGCUGGGGGCUGAUGGAAGCUGGAGUCCACUCACAUCUGGAGGCCAUGGAUAGCAUGCCAAACCAAGUGAAGAUGAGUUCCAAUUUAGAGUGAAAAUAAAACAAAAGGCUGAAUGUAUAUAUAUCUAUCUAUAAUAUCUAUAUCUAUUACAUAUCUAUAAUAUUGUCACUUUGGCAUGUUUUAUGGUGCAUUUGACUGCAGCUGCAUUUAAAUUAUUUUGUUGCUAAUUUUAUGGUUAUCUCUUGUAUACAUUGCUGUUUUUAUUAUGUCACACUUUUUUUGUAAGCCACCUUACACUGAAUAGGUAAUGGACACAUAUUUCAAAUACAGUGGUACCUCAGGUUACAUACGCUUCAGGUUAAAGACUCCGCUAACCCAGAAAUAGUGCUUCAGGUUAAGAACUAUGCUUCAGGAUGAGAACAGAAAUCGGGCUCCGGUGGCAUGGCAGCAGCAGGAGGCCCCAUUAGCUAAAGUGGUGCUUCAGGUUAAGAACAGUUUCAGGUUAAGUACGGACCUCCGGAACGAAUUAAGUACUUAACCUGAGGUACCACUGUAACUCAAACAACUGCCCUUCUUUCAGUCCUAUCCUACCCGACAGUAUCCCUCCUCAAAGGAUGUUUAUACUAUAAAAAAUCCAGGGGCAGUUUUAGCACAAACUUUUUCCAAACUAAGAUUCCGACAAAACAUUACACUCACCAUGGUGAUAAAUAUCUUCAUGGUGUUUCCUCGCCCACUCAGUAUAACAAGGAAAGUUCUCAGUGCAUGAUUUGUCCCACAAACUGCAACACAAGACAAACCCUGACUCAUUUCUCCCCAGUUUGUUUUGUUUUUCAGCGGCUCUUGCCUCAUUCCUUUGCAGUUGUGGGGAGCAUCUGAGGUGAGGUGGUCAACAAUGAUUAAGGAAGGGUGCUAUGUUCACCCAGAACACCAAGCCAUAGUUGAAGCAAACCGAGGUUUAUAAAGUCAACAACAAAUCAUGAUUUCAGAUUGUGGCUUCUUGGUAGCAAAUAAAGCAUAGUGGAACAUACUAAGCCAGUUUAACAAAGCAUAGCUUAAUAACUUAUGGUUUAGUGUUAUGUGCAAACCCAGAACAUUAUGUGAUAGUCGCUAAUUAACCAAUUGCUUGGUGGAGAAUCAUUCUGGGCAGAUUUUCAGCAAAAGAUGAAUGUGACGCCCACCCAUCUGCAACUAUAAAAAUAUACACUCUUAUUAUGUUUAUAUAAGCAAAAGUAUAGGUGAGAUCUAUUCUCAGUUUUUAAAACAGUUGUUUCAGUACUAAGAACCCACAGGGUUGCUCUUCCACUUUUACAAUGUGGAUUCAAAACUUCAUGUGCUAGACCAGAAAUGUCAGGCGCUCGUCCUACUCAAGAGUAGGAAUUCUAACGAGAGAGACACUAGAUAGACAUAUUCUCACUGGGAUGUCCCUUUUAAUAAAAAAUGAAAUAUCAAAGCAGUUCACCUUCACACAGAGAUAUAAAAGGUUUUUUUGUUAGCAUUUAAGCAUAGUCUGAAUUGUUUUUAUUCAAAAGAUGAGAAGCAGCACAUAUUUUUUUGAGGGGAGAGGGCAAAUGCAGCUGCAGUUGUUUUGGCAAGGAAUUAUUCCUCUUUUGUUUUACUAUAGAAUUUUGAUUUUAAAGGGAAAGUCGGACAUUAUUUGGUAGAACUAGUAUUGACGUAAAUGCUGACAUAGCAAUGCAUGGAGGCGGCCAACAUUUCUAAAAAUAGGCAUGUAUGUUUCCUUGGAGAUCAAAAUAUUAAUAGGAAUGAUACGCCAUUGUAAAGGAUACAGCAAUAAAACAGAGUUUAUUGAAAAAGAGGGAGGGAUCAAGCUCGAGCAAACUCUUAGAAGGAGGCGAAACCUGCAUCAGGACCUCCUCCAUGAGCUUUGUAGCUAUUUUUUUAAAAAUAGACCUUUGUUUGUUCUUAUUUUUCAGCGCUGGGAUCAGAAACUCCGCCAUCCUGGGAAGGGCAGAAACGAACCUGGACAAAGCGAUUCUGCUCAAAAAUCCAGCAGAAGCACCAACCCGCGACAAAGGCACAACUAGAUGCAAAAAUGUCACGUGUCAGGAAAAAAAUAAUAACAGUCCAUGGACUUCUAUAAAUUAAAAGACUUGCCUUGUUGGAGCAGCAAAGAAGAAAUUGCACUAUUGCACGUUGUAUUCUAUUGUUUACUAUGAGACCAUGUUGUAGUCCAGAUUAGUUUUAUCUUCUUCUUGUGUUUUCUGGCCCCUUGUAUUUGUAGGAGUAUAGACACACAGAAUUUUUUAUUUUAUUUUUUGGUAUAUUAUCCUCACAAAUAUCUGUGGACCAUUUCUAUGAGAGUGGUUUUUUUUUUCUUUUUUGAAAAAAAAAAGAGGCAAAUGUGACACGGUUAGCAGGUGCCAGAGCCACUGUUUUUCCAUAGUCAACUGAAUCUGUUUAUGUGCUCUGAACCCAUGCAAUAUUCAAGUUGCCCCAUUCUUUUCAGCAGAGGGACUUGAUGCGUUCAUGCAUUGUCUUCUAUGCGUAAACCAAGGGUAGGUCACCGCAGAGGUCUGGAAUGGAAACAGUGACACAGGGUUGGGUCAGAUUACCUUCUCUGUAGGCAAAAGCUACGUGCAGUGAAGGAGUGAGAUUGUGCCUUAUAUGCCCUCUCACCAGGCACACUGGUGAGAUGCCCCAGCUUGCUGCACAUUAUUUACAUAGGGCUUAUGCUUCUGAAAUUCAGUAUGUGCAGGCCCCAAGUGUAUAUCAUUCCAGGCUGGGGAGAAACUGUGAUUCAGUCGUUUGUGCCACUGAGAUCUGAGCCGGAGGGUGCAUUUUAGUUCUCCUACCACGCUCGGCGUCUAUAUUUGGGAGUCGGUGAAAUCGUCUGAACUGGGUCACAGUCACACAGACACUCAGAUCCUGACAUUUCCUGGGUUUGAAAAACAAAAGGGCCAAAUGUAUACAUGACUUGGGAACUGUGAGGGUUAACAGUCAAAAUUUCAAAAGGGAAGACAAGAUGAUUUGCAAGUUUAGCCAAGUGGGCAAAAGAAGGUUGGAGCAAACAUGGCAUAACAUUUUCUGCAUUUUGUAAUUAAUCUGAGCAAGGGGGAGGUUGUGUUACCCGUUAAGAGUUCACCCUCCCACCCCCUCAACCUGUUAAAACCCUUGCUGGCAGUAUGGAAAAGAAGGAUUAUACAAAGAGAUUAUACCAAGAGCUACCCGUACCUAUUGGAGUAGGCCUGUUAAAUGUCGAUUCCUCUUCAAUAAACCACUCACAUUAAGUCUAGCUUUAAAACGUUAACCAUGACAAAUGCCGCACAGAGGACUCGUUUCUGAAUGUCUUAAUCCUUGUGGGAAAGGUUUAUAGAAUUGUGAAGUCUUGCCAGAAGUUAUGUUAAACCUGCUCCCCCUGCCCCUUCUUUUGUCCUGGAGCCACAGGAGUAGACUGUCUUCACCAGGCCUCCUUUGGGGCAGAAACCUGCACUGUGUCAUUUCCACAUUGUGGUUCUGAUUGUGUUUCAGCGGCUCCAUUCAACAGCAGUGUUCGAUGGUCAGCAUUGGAGAUGCAUAACUGAAUAACGGCCACUGCUAUGAAAAUUACGGCCAAGCACCAUGCCACGUUUCUCAGUGAACAGAGACUUUAUCCUGACUUUCGUUCCCCACCCGCUUGCAGGAAACGUACAUUUUAAUAGCUUUUUGACAUAUUUCCGUUCCGAUCGUCGCAUCCUUUAAGCUUUCCGUAAUGGUGCCAAUAGUUGAAAAAAAAGUAAUUCUGCCUCUUCCUAUUAUUAUUAUUAUUUUUAUAUUAAAGUACGGAAAUAUCAGUAGAAUACUGAACUAAAACAAAACAAAUAUUUUAGCAGAAAAUAAAAACAUUUAUGUUAC